AUGGAGGGGCGGGACGCCGCGGCCGGCCGAGAACCGCUGGCGAAGGCGCGCCGCAGACCAGCGCCACCCUACCACUGUGGAGACGCACUAGAGGGCGCCGCGGCGAGCCUAACGGGCGGGCGGGAGGGCGCGGCGGGAGAUUUACUUUAUGCACCAUGGUUGGCGUAUAAGAAUAUGGGCAAUCGAAUUGCAGGCACACCGUUCAUUGCAUUUAAAGUGCCCCUGGCAGAGAAAUAUCAUCGCGUGCUCCGGAAAUGUGAUUGGUUCACUCCUGCAGAACUGGUGGAGAGCAACCCAGGAAUGAGACUUAUAAUUGAUUUAACAAAUACCCAACGUUAUUAUUCAGCAGAGAGUGUUGAAUGUAGAGGAGUAAACUACUACAAAUUAGCGUGCCCUGGUCGCGUGGUUCCGACUGAAAAUCUUAUAAGUCGGUUUUGCGAUGUUGUCCACGACUUCCUAAGUGGCUGCGCCAACGGGCAAGAUGCGCUGAUUGGAGUACAUUGCACCCAUGGUGUAAACAGAACUGGUUUUCUGAUCUGUAGCUUUAUGGUACGACAUUUGCUCAUGCAUCCAAGUGAAGCCAUAAGUGCUUUCGAGUUAGCUCGGGGGCACCACAUCGAACGCCAGGAGUAUAUAGAAGCCCUAAUGAGACAAUAUUCUAAAUCAGGGGCUGGUCGGAAGCGGAAUAUCCCUAUUCAGAACCGACCUACUGUAUCUGACGACACUGAAGAACGGGACGAACAGAGUUACGGCUUCGGUACCUUACACAUCGGAGCCCCAUCAGAGACCGGUGGAUCUUGGACGAUAACUAAAGGGCCUAAAGGGUCGACGCACAAACGAUGGAUAGACAACGGUGACGACAAGGCUCAGGGAUGCAGCAGGCAUACCGGACCAGACCCGGAAGCAGGCCCUUCGCGGAAGCGAGGUCCCAAUGAGCCGUUUGCCCCGUUUCGGGGACACUUCAAAGGCAAGAAGGACAAGCGCACCAAACGAAAUAACGGGCAAAGUACGUCCGGCACGGAAGGCGAAGAUGUUCGCAGCGACUCAAGUUUCGGUGCGCGGGCUUCAGGCAACAGCCGAGAAGACCGCGCAAACGCGAAUCGCGACAAAUACCACCAAAGUAUUUUAAUGCUUGGGGAUAACUUUUAUUGUGAUAGAAAUGGAAUCAUUUACAUUUCUUCUGUUGCAAGGUCCUUAAUUUUAUGGUUUUUAGGUAGUACGACAGAAGAAUCUACCUUAAUACCCAUGAUGAUAAAGUGCCAUAAAGAUUUGUGUCAGAGUUGGAGCCCAGUUACCUAUGUGCCCAGGAAAACGAGACGUAAAACCAAAUUCAGUCGAGGAAACGUAGAUUCCCUUGCUUUAGGUGUUGUUUGUUUAGCAAUUGGGCGCGCCGGAGAACCUCUUUAUGCUCGAUCACAGAAAGAAUUGAUUAAUAGAUUUGGAGUCCGAAGUAAAUUCUUUCCACCAUUUCCGUAA